AUGCGCGUUCUCCUCCUCGGCGCAACAGGGAAUCUUGGGUCUCGUCUUAUACCUGCGCUCCUCGUCCACAAGCACACAGUUACCAUCUACAUCCGCUCUAUUUCCAAACUCCACAAAUUAAUCUCACCAUCUCUCAUUCCUCUGAUUACAAUUGUGAUUGGCGACGCCACAGAUUCAGUCGGCAUCAAGAAAGCCAUCCUCGACCACGACUGUGAAGCCAUUUGCGAUGUCGCGGGUAACCAGGUCCUCCCUUGGAGAGAGCAUCUACUUGAGAAGAUAGCAAAAGCCGUUACGGAUGCGGCGGUAGCUGUAGGCGAAGAGCGGGGAGAGCAGCCGAUGAGAAUUUGGUUAAUAGGCGGCAUAGGAUUAUGCAGAUAUCCUGGGACGGACAACUUGAUACAGGACUACAUGCCAAAGCCAGGAAUUAUUCAACACCAGGAAACCCUCAAUGUUGUCACGCCUAUCUCAUUAUCAAAACUCCGCUGGUCUCUGCUGUGCGUCGGCAUGAUGGUGCCAGCCCGUCCCAAAAUUGAACCUCUCUCUGCCCCUCGACGCCAUAAAUUACUCCUCAAAGAUGGCGAGCCUCCGGCUUGGAAAGACAGCUACCUCAGAAGAGUACCUCUUAUUGGGGAUUAUCUAAAUGUCGUGCCUGCGAUUUUGAAUCACACGACCGAAUUGGAGGAUGUCGCGGACUUUUUGGCUGAAGAUUUGGAGCUGGGAAGUACGGAGUGGUUAGGGAAGUCGGUGGGGUUGAAGCAGAAGGAAACGGACGCCGCUUAG